AAAGCUCUGAGGACCAAAAGGCCACCGUUCACAUUUGUUUGUCAGGAUCAGCAGGCAGUGAGAGAAAUUAAACUCGGUCUCAAUUAUUCAGCAUUAAGCCCUACCUAUCACAAUGCAUUGCCUGAAAAGUCUGCGGACGGCCAACCCGGGAAUCCAGCAGCUGUUUAAAAAUGCAGUCAUCUCCUCUAGACUUGGAGCUGACAUCUCCAGGAGUCAGCAACCUGUUCCUCUGCUCAGCUGGACAGCAACCCUUCACACGCACAGAGCCUUUCAUCCUCAUCAGAAAGGCCCUGAUGAGGACCAAGGACACUCCAAAAGCAGGCUCAUGUCCAGCAUGGAGGACCUACUUUUUUACACCAUCACGGACGGGAAAGAGAUGAUCCCAGCUUCUCAGUUCAUCUCUGCUUUAAGAAGAACAGGUUUGUUAACAUCUGACCCUCGACUGCGGGACUGUGUCCAUCAGAUGAGACAGUUGACACGUGAUUCCAUGGGACCAGUCAUGAUGGACAAAAAACUUUUCCGAAGGUGUGUUGGGAACAACAUCAUGCUGCUGACUAACGCUUUCAGAAAAAACUUUAUCAUCCCUGACUUUGAGGAUUUUAGCCUCCAGAUCAACAGGCUUUUUGAGAGUGCACAGCAGCAAGGAGGGGGACAUGUAGCAGAUUACAUUCCUCAGCUGGCAAAGUUCAGCCCAGAGCUGUGGGGCGUAUCUCUAUGCACCAUUGAUGGACAGAGAUAUUCAGUGGGCGACACCAAGAUUCCUUUCUGCCUGCAGUCGUGUGUAAAGCCACUGGAGUACGCCAUCGCCGUGCACGAGCUCGGCAGUGAACAUGUUCACCGUUUUGUUGGCAAGGAGCCCAGUGGCUUCAAGUUCAACAAACUGUCGCUAAACGAGGAAGAUAAACCACACAACCCUAUGGUGAAUGCUGGAGCGAUCACCAUUAGCUCUUUGCUUAAGCCUCAUUCAAAUAAAGCAGAGAGGUUUGACUAUGUGAUGGAGUUCUUGAAACGUAUGGCUGGCACUGAAUAUGUGGGAUUCAGCAAUGCCACAUUUCAGUCAGAGAGGGAGACUGGAGAUAGAAAUUAUGCAAUCGGCUAUUACCUGAAAGAGAAAAAGUGCUUCCCAGAAAAUGCAGAUAUGAUUGGAGCCCUGGAUUUUUACUUUCAGUUGUGCUCUAUUGAGGUAACAUGUGAGUCUGGAAGUGUCAUGGCUGCCACGCUGGCCAACGGAGGCAUUUGUCCAAUCACCGGCGAUCGUGUGCUAAGUGACGAAGCUGUUCGCAACACAUUGAGUCUGAUGCAUUCCUGUGGGAUGUAUGACUUUUCUGGGCAAUUUGCCUUUCAUGUGGGGCUGCCUGCAAAAUCAGGAGUUUCAGGUGCUGUUCUGUUGGUGGUCCCCAAUGUCAUGGGCUUGCUGUGUUGGUCUCCGCCAUUGGAUCGGCUUGGAAACAGCGUCAGAGGAAUCCACUUCUGUCAGGAACUUGUUUCUUACUUCAACUUUCACAAUUAUGACAACCUGAGGCACUUCACCAAGAAACAUGACCCCAGGAGACGAACAGAUGAUGAUCCGAACAAAUCAGUCGUUAACCUGAUGUUUGCAGCAUACAGUGGUGAUGUCUCUGCUUUGAGAAGGUUUGCCCUUUCAGCUGUUGACAUGGAGCAGAGGGAUUACGACUCUCGUACUGCUCUCCAUGUUGCUGCUGCUGAAGGCCACCAGGAUGCUGUAAUAUUUCUGACAGAAAUAUGUAAAGUGAAUCCCUACAAUAAAGACAGAUGGGGCAACACACCCCUCGAUGACGCCAUGCAGUUUGGCCAUGAUGUUGUUGUUUCAGUCCUGCAAAAGUACCAACAUGAGUACACAGAUGGACACUCAAGAAUCAGCACAGAGGAGCAGAGCGCCGUGCUGGACUCAAUGAAGAGCAGCGUUUAAGAAAAGCACCAUAGAGGUUUGGAUUGAAAACCCUCUGCUGCAUACCAGAAAUUAAAUAUGGGACAGAUGGUAACUAAGACAACCGAUGAAUUUUCUGUCUAUCAUAAAAUUUAGGAACCUAAUGGCCAGUCAUUAGUAAAAAUAUGACCUACUCUUAGUAUAGGAACUGAAGAGUCUGAAUUUUUUUUUCCAACCAAAGGCUGUAAAGAUUAUAACUAUUGUUAAGAAUGUACAGCAACUUAAAAAGGGGGUGUUUUUUUCUUUAAAUGUAGUUAAAGUAUGCCAGUAUUUAGAAAGCAAUGGCAUAUCUGUCAGGAAUAAAGGUUUAGUAUGUCUAGUAUUAGACAAUCAAAUAAUUGUAAGACAAAUAAUAAUAUUACUAGUACCAGUAGUAAUAUUCUUUUUUGUGCAUCAGUAACUUGUAAAUGUUACCAAGAUCUAGAUAUUUGAAAAUGGCUUUAUUUAUUUUGAAAUCCAAAUAGGUAUGUUUUACUUUGGCCCCUUUCACACUGAGAUCAGAUCAUUGUACAGCACUUCAAAAUCAAUAACAGAGUAUUGGAAAGGGUUUUUUUCUAUAGUGCACUAUGAAGUAAUUCUCCUAAUAGAAAAUGCUAUUAGGGUUUCCAGUUUGUACAAAACCUAAGUUAAACUGUUGUGUUGAUUCUUUAUCCGGAUAGCAGCAUUUUGCCACCUUAAAUGCAGAAUGAGGACAGCAAGGUUAUCAUAGCCAUAAAGUGGGUUCAGAAUUCACCUGUAUGGCUCGGUCUUCAGACAUUUUAAAUCAGGACUUGCCAUGAUAACAUAAUUAUUGAAGCUUUGAAUGAGUCACUGCAAUGCUCUUGGAUGUGGCGCUGCUUUGUCUCUAGACUGCAAAAAUCUUAAAUCUAAAUAAGUUAUUUUUUCUUUAAAUAAGGGAAUUUUUUCUUGAUUUCAGGAGGUAAGUGAGACACUUUGCAAAUGGAGUGAAAUAAUUUACAUUUAA